AUCACCAUGCUCGUCGCGCCACUAUUUUCCGAGACUCAAGGCCACUUUCUCGCUUUCUGUUUCACUGUUACUUACGUCGGUUCGCUCUACUUGUCUAAGAAUGCGCGUCUUUCCUUCGUUGCUUGGUCGACACACGUACAUGAGGGAACUACGCGUCAGAGACAGCUGAAUGAGCGCUGGAGGGACGAUGCCGACGUGAUUAGAGCGCGACUGCUCGCAGUGUCGCUGGCGACAAUAGCGUCGUGCUUCUGGAUUUUCCAAACAUUGUGGCCGUUAUAUGGAGUGAGUGGCAUGUUCCUAAUGUUGGAGCCUCUCCAUGUCACAUUCUUUAGACUUGGGUUUAUAUUCUCUCACCCCAUAAAAGCGCAUCUCGUUACACCUCUGCUUUUCAUCGGCCCCUUCUAUUCUCGCUACCUGUAUCAAAUCCUUCCAUUCCAACGAUACUGGAAUACAGAGUCGACUAUCAACAAAGUCGUUUCUCUCUCUGGUCUCCGCAACUAUCUUGUGGCUCCAUAUACAGAAGAGGUUGUUUUCCGUGCAUGCAUUCUAUGCAUUUAUCAUCUCUCAGGUAUAUCUCGACUGCGUAUGAUUAUCCUGGCUCCACUGUGGUUCAGUUUGGCUCACUUUCACCACGCUUGGGACCUUUACAAUCGCUGCGGCCGUACGUGGGUUGCAGUAAAGCACGCUGCCAUGGCUAUUUCAUUCCAGUUGGUCUACACCAGCUUCUUUGGGUCCCAUUGCGCAUAUCUCUUCCUCCGUACCGGAUCCAUAUUUCCGGCCAUCACCUCCCAUAUUUUCUGCAAUUUUAUGGGCGUACCCCAUCUCCCACUAGAGCUGGUCGUCUUUCCUGAGCAAAGAAAAGCAAUCUUUGGGACGUAUGCGUUGGGCCUAUUAGCAUACAUCUUUGCCAUGAUUCAGUGGACUAGCUCCUCCGACAGUUUGUAUUGGCGCCCUCCCAGGAGUUUGCUUUAAUCUAAAUGUAAUCCUUCCGCGGUUUUUAGGACAGCGCAUGUAAAAGGUAUUGGAUUGUAAUCGUAUUACUGUUGUCUCGUAAUAAAUGCUGCUUAUAUGCGCCGUAAGGUCGCGUAGCCUUCCUCAGAGAAGAAGAACGGUGAUCGAGUCGAGGUGAGGCCAGGCAUCUAUACGCCAGGUUCCGUUCA